CUCUGCCAAUCCCUCCACUGGCCACCAUUCAGUGUCCUCCCCCCCUCUCUGCCAAUCCCUCCACUGGCCUCCAUUCAGUGUCCUCCACCCCUCUCUGCCAAUCCCUCCACUGGCCUCCAUUCAGUGUCCCCCCCCCCCUUCUGCCAAUCCCUCCACUGGCCACCAUUCAGUGUCCUCCACCCCUCUCUGCCAAUCCCUCCACUGGCCUCCAUUCAGUGUCCUCCACCCCUCUCUGCCAAUCCCUCCACUGGCCUCCAUUCAUGUCCUCCACCCCUCUCUGCCAAUCCCUCCACUGGCCUCCACUCAGUGUCCUCCACCCCCCUCUGCCAAUCCCUUCACUGGCCUCCAUUCAGUGUCCUCCACCCCUCUCUGCCAAUCCCUCCACUGGCCACCAUUCAGUGUCCUCCACCCCUCUCUGCCAAUCCCUCCACUGGCCUCCAUUCAUGUCCUCCACCCCUCUCUGCCAAUCCCUCCAUUGGCCUCCAUUCAGUGUCCUCCACCCCUCUCUGCCAAUCCCUCCACUGGCCACCAUUCAGUGUCCUCCACCCCUCUCUGCCAAUCCCUCCACUGGCCUCCACUCAGUGUCCUCCAUUCUCUGCCAAUCCCUUCACUGGCCUCCAUUCAGUGUCCUCCACCCCUCUCUGCCAAUCCCUCCACUGGCCACCAUUCAGUGUCCUCCCCCCCUCUGCCAAUCCCUCCACUGGCCUCCAUUCAGUGUCCUCCACCCCUCUCUGCCAAUCCCUCCACUGGCCUCCAUUCAUUGUCCUCCACCCCUCUCUGCCAAUCCCUCCACUGGCCUCCACUCAGUGUCCUCCACCCCCCUCUGCCAAUCCCUCCACUGGCCUCCAU